AUUUCGGACGUUACAAUAUGUCUGUUAGCAGUCGGUAUGGUAUGUGACCGUGGACGUGCAGGUUGCAGAGGGUCAUGGGUCAGACCAGCAACAACUGCAUCAGCCACCAUAUUCUGGUGAUUGUGGUUUGCCUUGCUGCGUUACUGCUCUGCAACAUCAUCAUCUACCUGCAUCUGGACUCCAUGGUUCAGACUGGAAAGGAGCCAGUGACCACACAUGUGGGCUGCCCUCCUCAACACUUCAAGAUGACCACCAUGACAAACUGCAAUCCAUGGCUUCAGUGUGAGCAGAUAGCAGCUGACGUGCACAGGCUGAAGCUUAUCGGGCAGGGAGCGGUUAAAAAGGUUUAUCUGGCAGAGUGGAAGAGUCAGAAGGUGGCUGUGUCUGAACUUUCCUCAGGUGACUACUUGGAGGACUUUCUUCAUGGCGUGUCCAUGCUAAAACUUCUUCAGGGUGCUAGGGUGGUGCAGCUGGUGGGCUUCUGUCCUAAAGAUAACACUUUAGUCACCGAGUACCACCCUCAUGGCUCACUGCUGAACUUGGAUGUUGUUCUGUCACAAGAACAGCACCAGCACCUGAACACCUGGCAGAGCCGGCUGAUGCUUGCGAUGGACUACGUCUCCAUACUCCAUUACCUCCACAACAGCCCAGCUGGAUGUCGGGUCAUGUGCGACUCCAACAGCCUAGAAAAGACUCUCUCCCAGUUUCUGUUAACAAGUGACUUUCACCUGGUUGUGAACGAUCUGGACGCACUACCGGAGGUGGACAAAUCCAGGGGACUGUUUGUGAAAUGCGGCCAUAGGCAGCUGACAGGGGACUUUGUAGCGCCCGAGCAGCUGUGGCCGAUUCAAAGCGACAACAAACCAUUUUCUGAUGAGCUGAUGUUAGGAUAUGAUGAGAUGACGGAUGUAUGGAAAAUUCCAGAAGUAACACAGUUCCUAAUUGGUAGUGUACCCGGAGGAGAUUUAGUGCACUUUCAUCUUUUUCAGAUCCACCAUAAAUGCAAAGAGGUGGAUCCCAAACUUCGGCCAUCAGCCCUCGAGGUCCUGACAGUCUAUAAAAGUGUGUACUCAAGUAUGGUGCGUGAUAACACUGGCUACAGAGAAAUGUUGUAGGACAAUCCUCAUUUUAAUCACAGGGACACAAAAAAGAAUCAGCCUGGUACAUGAUGUACUUGUUUACACAGCAUUAGUUGGUCAACAUAUUGUUAUAUGAGCUCAAAAAUGUAAUAUUGCAAUAAGAGUCCCAUCACACAUUUAUACUGGUUAAAUGUAUUUAAGAGAUUCCUGUUUUUUUCCUUUAUAUGUAGAAAUUGUCGUUGAUAACAUAAAGAAUAUGAAUUGAAGAUGUUUUUGUCGAAGUAAAACAAGCUGCAAAACACGUAGUCACAACCCACCAAAACGUAAUUUGCAUUAAAAUACUCACGAGUAUUGUUAAAUCUACAAAACACAAAGUUAAGAUCACAUUGCUAGACAAGUAACCCCCAAACCCUGUAACGGUUUUGAUCAAAGUGACUACAUGUUUUAAGGCGUAUUCACAAACUACGGUGGCGAAGAUGUAGAUUUUAAACGGCAUAGUUUG